AUGGUCAACACAAUGGAGAGCUCGUACGCAACGAUGUCCAACAUUUCGCAGCAUACGGAAAACUUCCCACUGCCAGAACUAACACCAGAACAACAGAAACUACUCAUAGAACUGCGGCGGAAGAAACAGGAGAUUUUACUCGAAAUUCAGCAAAUCAACGAUGAGCUGAACGAGGUCGAGUCGGAGAUGAAAGCCCACGAAAGCAAGGAGGAGAACAAACAUUCCAACAAAGACAAACAGAUGGCGCUCGGGCGGAAAAAGUUCAACAUGGAUCCAAAGAAAGGCAUAGAAUUUUUAUAUGAAAACCAACUGCUGCGAACCGACGCACAGGACGUGGCGCAGUUCCUUUACAAGGGCGAGGGUCUCAACAAAACGGCCAUCGGUGAUUAUCUAGGUGAAAAGAACGACUUUAACGAGCAGGUGUUAAAGGCCUUUGUAGAACUACAUGAUUUUACGAAUCUUAUACUGGUGCAAGCUUUAAGACAAUUCCUCUGGUCAUUCAGACUGCCCGGCGAGGCGCAGAAGAUCGAUCGUAUGAUGGAAUGCUUCGCCCAGCGGUACUGCCAGCUUAACCCGGACAUCUUCACCAACACGGACACGUGCUAUGUGUUGAGCUUUGCCAUCAUCAUGCUCAACACGUCGCUCCACAACCCAUCGGUGAAAGAAAAGCCAACGGUUGAACAGUUCAUCUCGAUGAAUCGUGGCAUCAAUAACGGGGGCGAUCUACCGCGUGAACUGCUGGAGUCCCUGUAUGAGUCGAUACGAGCCGAACCGUUUAAGAUACCUCAGGACGAUGGGAACGAUCUGAUGCACACCUUCUUCAACCCGGACAAGGAAGGCUGGCUGUGGAAGCAAGGCGGAAGAUAUAAAUCGUGGAAACGGAGAUGGUUCAUCCUGAACGACAACUGUCUCUACUACUUUGAAUACACCACCGACAAGGAACCAAGAGGGAUCAUUCCGUUGGAAAACAUUGCGGUGCGCGAGGUGACGGACCGCAGCAAACCGCACUGCUUCGAGCUGCACGCCAGCGGAGGUGCGGAUAUCAUCAAGGCGUGCAAGACGGACAGCGAGGGUAAGGUAGUGGAAGGUAAGCACACCGUCUAUCGGAUGUCCGCAGCGACCGAGGAGGAACAGCAGGAGUGGAUCAACCGCCUGAACCAGUCGAUCAGCCACAAUCCGUUCCACGACAUUCUAGUACAAAGGAAAAAGAAAGCCCUGGCAAAAAGUUAGUUAGCACUGUCCUGUUUGAAGAAUGAAAACUAAAACAAGCAAAACCGAAAACAAACAAAAAAAAAUCAAACGCCAAAACCCAGUAACUACCCAAACAGCGCUGCACACACAUAUGCAUACAUUGGUAAAAAAAAACCAGCUAUGUUCGCAUCGACCACAGCUCCAUGAUCGAAAACAGCAUCCAACGUGCGAACUGAGAAAAAGACAUUCGAGGAAAACCGCCUAGCCUCAUUUCAGAUCGAUGCGCCAAAAUCAAAAGGACAUGGCUGCAGACGAUCAACAUUGACCAUGUCGUAUGCUAACAUUUCGUUUUAUAUGAACAACAUAUUAGUCGUGCUAACCAAUUCAAUUAUACAUAGAUACGUAUGCGAAUGUAAUCAACCAAAUUUGCAUUUGCCAUUCAGGCGAUGGGAUGGGAUCCGUCCCGUCGGCCUCGGCUGCGAUUGAUCCUGCUUCCUUCCUGUCGUUUAGUCCAAAAGCUUCCUUCAGUACAUGCUUCCACGGAAGGGCAACGAUCCAUCCGGUUUGCCUGGACUGAUGUGUGGGAGAGUAAUUUGCAUGUGUGUGACUGUUCUGUGAAUGUUACGGGGUUUUGAUCAUCAACCCUGCGCUUUAGAUACACUGAAUCUAUGAUAUAUGUUUUGUUUGUU